GAGAAAAAGAACUGCCGCAGAAAGGACAGUACUAACGCAAUGCCACAGAUCGGGAGCGUGGCACAUCUGUAGGAGAAGAGCGCGCGCGAAAUUCCCCGCCCACGCCAUGACGUCGACCCCGCUCCAGCUUCGUUGAGCGUUCUGCUCGUCAACCUUUCCGAUCACGCAUUUCUCUCGUUCUCCCUUUCCUUUCCGUCUGCUAGAAAUCAACACACUCCUCAAACACAACCGCGCGGAGCCCAAAGGAAGGACCAAGACAUCAUGCCGACCGUCACCGUCAACCACCACGAGAUCUACUACGCCGACACCCACCCGGCCGGCGCCCCCGCCCACGGCUCAACGCUCAUCUUCAUCCACGGCCUCGGCUCCUCGCAGAACUACUACUUCCCCAUCCUCCCGCACCUGGAGCAGCACCGGUGCAUCACACUGGACACCUAUGGCUCCGCCCGCUCGCCCUACACCGGCCAGCCGGUGUCCAUCGCCUCCAUCGCCGCAGACGUGGUCGGCGUGCUGGACGCGCUGCAGGUGGCCCACGCCGUGGUCGUGGGCCACUCGAUGGGCGGGCUGGUGGUGACGCUGCUGGGCGCGCAGUACGCGGACCGCGUGAAGGCCGUGGUGGCCAUUGGACCAACCCACCCCUCCGACCAAUUGGCCUCGGUCAUGACCCAGCGCAGCGCCACGGUCGCCAACUCGGGCAUGGAGCCCAUGGCCAACACCAUCCCCAGCGGCGCCACCGGCCCCCGCUGCUCGCCGCUCGCCCAAGCCCUGAUCCGCGAGUUGAUCCUCGGCCAGAACCCCCAGGGCUACGCGGCGCUCUGCCGGGCCAUCGCCACGGCCCCGGCCAUCGACUACGCGGCCAUCUCGGCCCCGUUCCUGCUAAUCGCGGGCGCGGAGGAUAAGUCGGCAUCGCUGGAGGGUUGUCAGCAUAUCUUCGAUCGGGUGUCGAGCGGGCACAAGAAGAUGGAGGUGCUGCCGCAGAUCGGGCAUUGGCAUUGCGUCGAGGCGCCGGAGGAGGUGGGCGGGCUGAUUCGGGAGUUCGCCGCUGCUUUGUAGAUCAUGUUGGUGGGCUUGUUUAGAAUAUCGAAGGGCGAUUCCACAAUGAAAGAGUGCAAUCUUGAAAUGAGAAUUGUCUUUACCCUGGAGCCCAGAGUCGUCUUGAAAAAGUCACAUGAUGAAUCAUAGAAAUGAAUAACAGAGUUCGG